CUUCUAACCAAUCCACAUACGCCACUCACCUCCAUGUCAAUUUCUAUGUGACUGUCCUGCGAAGAUUGUGAAUGUAAAACAAGCUCCAAAGGGCUGUAAACAUGUGGAAAUCAGUGGUAGUGACUCUCCUGCUUGCCGCAACAACCCUCGGCGCCGAAACAUUCAGCAAAAACUUAAUAAACAAGAACGUUGAGCGAAUCAUCGAUCUCUCAACGCAGCUCGUCAAAGUAACCACGACCAUAACCUUAGAAAACGCCGGCAAAGAUGUAGAAACAAAUUUCCACCUCAUCCCCGAGCCGGAGCACCUCGGGAGCUUAUCACACGUCUCCGUGAAGGAUGCGCUCAAGCAGGAUUUGAAGGUACAUCAGGUGAAAGUUGAUGGUAAGACUGCUUACAGAGUCAACCUGAGAUCCAACCUGGCUGCAGGCAGGACAGCAAAUGUAGUUGUAGAAUAUGUCUAUACACAUGCAUUGGAAUCCUAUCCAUCCAGCAUCACACAGAAGGACAAGCAAUUGGUGAGAUACUUUGGUGAUCACUACUGGUACAGCCCAUACAAGACCAGCAAACAGACAACUGCUGUUACUCUAGCUUCCAAGAACAUUGAAAGCUAUUCCAAAUUGAAACCUGUUAGCCAAACUGAAAGUACCAUUAAAUAUGGUCCUUAUAGUGAUAUUGAUGCAUUUGGUAUUGAUCAAAUGAUCAUUCACUAUGAAAAUAAUUCGCCUUUCUUGACUGUGACAAGACUUGAGAGGUUGAUUGAGAUCUCUCAUUGGGGUAACAUUGCUGUACAGGAAGAUAUUGAGAUUCUACACACAGGAGCUAAGCUUAAAGGGUCUUUCUCGCGGUAUGACUAUCAACGUGACACCAGUACAACUCAUCAUAGCAUCAAAUCCUACAAAACUGUUUUACCAGCAGCGGCACAUAGCAUUUAUUACCGUGAUAGUAAUGGUAAUAUUUCUACAUCCCAAGUACGCACGCGUAAAGAUUGGAUCGAGCUAGAACUACGACCACGUUUUCCUUUAUUCGGAGGAUGGAGGUCUUCCUACACUCUAGGAUACAGUGUACCUAGCUAUCAAUACCUUUACAAACUCCCAAAUGGCAAUUACAAGCUGAACAUGCGUUUGUUAGAUCAUGUCUUUGAUGAUAUGCAGGUUGAUGAACUGGAAACCAGCAUUGUAUUGCCUGUAGGAGUACAAAACGUUCAAGUAUCUUAUCCGUUUGAAGUCACAAAGCUAGACAACGAAGUAGCACACAAAUUCCUGGAUACAAUCGGACGGCAGGUCAUCAAAUUGAAGAAGACUGAUUUGGUAGAACAGCAUAUUCAAGAUAUGGAGAUUGUUUAUGAAUGGUCGCCGCAUUUACUGUUCCAUGAGCCCAUUCUUAUCAGCAUUGCAUUGUAUGCGAUGUUCUUGAUUUGUAUCAUUUAUGUUAGGCUAGAUUUUUCGAUUCAUAGCAAAAAGGAGGAGCAUUCCAAGAAAGAUUAGGUUUAAUUGCAUAAUCACUGAACAAUUUUCAUGUUUGUACCGAAAAUGUAACACGAGAUGAUUGUGUAACACUCUACACUGCGUAAAUAAACAUACAAGUUACGAUAA